GGUGAGACGUUCACGUCACCUUGGUAACGAAACAUGGCGGCUGUUUUGGCUGAUCCAGAGUCAGAAAUGCCAAAUGAUAUGGACGAAGAUGGCUAUAUUUUGGAACAGGUUACAAUUCCUGAUUACAAUGAUGAGGAUUUCAUAUAUGAAGAGGUUCCAGUUGAUGACAACUUUUCUGUGUCAGAAGGAAGUGAAGAUUUUGAAACUGCAAUCAAAGCAUUGAAAGAGGAAAUUGUGGAUAAUACUGUUUUACAGCAAAAGCCAACCACAACUACAUCAUCUGAAGCUACUGUUACAUUGAGACCGGAAGUGGUUGAUGAUUUUGUGAGAAAUUUUCUGGUAAAAAUGGGAAUGAAACGGACCUUGGAUUGUUUUCAGACAGAGUGGUACGAAUUACAAGAAUGUGGGCUUAUAAAUAAAGAAGAGGUGCAAGUUGUUCCAGAUAUUUACGUCAGAAAUGAACAUUUAGAUGACCUGGUUAAGUCUUUACGCGACGAAGUUAUGCGAUUCAAGGAUGCUGCAGAUCGUGCACGUCAAACGUAUGUGCGUCUAAGAAAAGAAAGAGAUUUUCAUCGAAUGCAUCAUAAAAGAGUCGUUCAAGAGAAAAAUAAACUGAUUACAGAUCUCAGGAGACUCAAGAAGCAUUAUGCGUCAUAUGAACCAACUUUGAAAACUUUAAAACAGAAAUAUGAGGUCGCUUUAAAGGAAAAAAUGUUAACAAAAUUGGAGCGAGAUCGAGCGGUCGGACAGAUUGUUGGUCUUCAAGCAAGUUUUCAACCUACUGCUGAAAACGUGGAAAUGGAGGAAUCUCUCGCAAGUAGAGGUAAUGAAAAUUUUGGAGUGAAGAAAAGUGAUCCAGAAAGUCCGCCGAACAAAAAUGAUGUCCCAGCUGAAAACAAGCCUGUGAAACAUCCAAAGGAUAGUGCCUUUCCUCAGGAUAUGGGAAUCAAUCCAUUGCUUAUUCAACACAAAGGACCAUCGCCUCAUCUCACUAGAGCUGGUGGUUUUAGACUGACCAAUACAAUCACUGCACAUAAUAUGGCUGUUAGUUCCAUUGCCCUUCAUCCUCGCAAGCAAGUAUUAACAACUUGUAGUGAUGAUCACACGUGGAAAAUGUGGUCUGUUCCAAGUGGAGAUAUUAUAAUGACUGGCGAAGGACAUAAAGACUGGAUUGCAGAUUGUGAUUUUCAUCCAGGUGGUGGUAGUUUGGCGACUGUUUCUGGUGAUGCAACAGUCAAGAUCUGGGAUUUCACCAAAUCGGAAUGUGUUUUGACAUUUACUGACCAUAUUCAUGCGGUAUGGGGCUGUUCCUGGCACUCCUGCGGUGACUUUCUUGCCACUUGCUCAAUGGAUUGUACUGGAAAAAUAUGGGAUGUUAACAGCGAAAGAUGUCGCUCAACUCUUCGUGGUCAUGCUGACUCAGUAAACAGCAUUACUUUUCUGCCAUAUUCUAAUAAUUUACUGACUUGCUCUGCUGACAAGACUAUUUCUUUGUGGGAUGCAAGAACGAGUCUGUGUGGUCAAACCUUCUUUGGUCAUAUGCAUUCUAUCAAUCACUGCGUUUUCAAUUUGAGGGGAGAUACAGUAGCCUCGUGCGAUUCUUAUGGUGUUAUUAAGUUAUGGGAUGUUCGUACAGUUGGAUGUCUUGCUAGUGUUGAUCUUGGUCCUCACCCGGCUAACCGGGUAGCAUUUGAUCCAGGUUGUACGGUGCUAGCCGUGGCUAGUAAUGAUGGUUCUGUCAGAAUGUAUGACAUUGCUUCAGGAAAACAAUCUCAACUUACUGGCCACGAGGAGGCUGUUCAAACAGUUUUGUUUGACAAAACUGGAGAAUUCUUGCUUUCUGCCGGCUCUGAUGGGACCCUCAGAAUUUGGUCUUGAGAAGAAAGCAUGAUCAUAAGGC